AUGAACAUCAACUUCAAAUCCCAGCCUGACCCAUUAAUUGGCCAUGAUGUAGCCAAAAAUGCAAAUUGUUUUCUAGUCAGACACACACCCCAUCCCCGGAGAGUUUGUCAUAUUAAAGGUUUAAAUGAUAUACCUAUUUGUGCUGUGAAUGAUGAGAAUAUUCUUAAAGCACUAUGUGAUGUUGGCCACUUGACUGCCCCAGAUAAGGACAUGCCACCACUUAGCAAAAUCAUCUAUACAAACAAUUCCAAGUCUUUCCAUAACCCAGUGCCAAACAAGACAAAAAUGCCACCUCGGCCUAAUUCUGAGCCCUGUAAACACACAAAUGAGUUCUUUAGUGAUCCUUGUGACAAUGGCUUAAAGAUCAAAAAGGAAGAGCUCCGGGACAGACCUCAAGUUUCAUGCCCAAAAGCAAACCAGGUUCCUAUGGUACCCUCUUCUGAAUUCACAAAUCCUAAGAAUGAUAUGAGAGGCAAGACAGUUUGCAUACCAAACUAUCUGGAUCAGGAGAUAAAAAUUCUGUCAAAGCUGUGUGAAAUUUUACAAACUGACUCCCUGGCAGAACUCCUAACAUGGCUCCUCCAUGCAAGUGUGAAAGAAAAAGAGUGGGUAUCAGCUUUGAUCCAUUCAGAGCUCUCUGAGAUCAACUUGUUGAAAAACCGGGACCACAUUCACCAAAAGGGACUUGGAAAAGAGAAAGAAAAACCACCUCCUACUGUCAAACCUGGCAGUGCCUCUUCUGCAAAAAGCAAGACUCCAACCUCAGCCAAGGAGGAAAUAUCUAAAGUCAACAGAGCUCCAAGUUCUAUCAAGGAAAAAAAUAAAGAAGCCAAACAAGCAGCUGAGAAUAAGCCUGGAUUGACUAAAGAAAGAACUAAUCUUGAAGACACCAUUUCAGAAUAUUUCAGCAAAACAAAGUCUCCUACUAAGAAUCUUAAGAUUUGGGAGAGAACUUGCUGCCCUCGCUCGGCCUCCAAAGCAAGAAGUCAACAGCAAGGGAGCAGGCUAUCUUCUCCCAAAUCCGCUAAUAACAAUAAUUUAAAGUUUUAA